UAUUAACGGAGUAAUAAUAAAUUAAUAAUCUUAUCUCCUCGACGAAAAGCCAAAUCCGUAGCAGAGAUUACGCGGAAUAGUUGGAGGAAUUUCAGAAUACGGCAGCAAGGAUCAGCACUCGGUUGUUCCAAUCGGCACUGUAGAUAUGUUCUUUAUCUGAUCACCGCCUCUGUCUCUGUCUGUGAACAUCAAUGCAUCUAAUUAGGGUUUGGUUUGUGUUGGAUACGGAAGUGGGGUGGAAGGGGGAAAUAUUGGGAUUCUAGGGUAGAGAGGCGGAGAUGGAUCCGGAACAGACCUUCCUGCGCGUCCACGCGCGGCUCUCAGGGAUGCUCUCCCAGCUCCUCACGCCGAGGAUCAGGAUGGUGCUCGAGUACAUCUACCUCGCCGUGGCGGUUGCGCUUUUUUGCUUGCUUGUGGUCAUGCACAUCAACUUCGUUCAGCAGCCUGGUUGUUCUGCUGAACUGGCAGGAAUUAAAUUUACUGAAGCUCAGUUAGUCCAGAUUAAGAUUGUUAGUGCGGGCCUAUGGAUUCAGCAUGCUGAUUACCAGAAUUUAGUGGAUUUGCAGGAAGGAAGUUUGACUGAGGGUUCCAAAAUUCCUGAUGUCUCAGGUGAUGAAUUCACAAUUUUGACUACAAAGUUUUGGUCAAACUGGAUAGGUUCAAGUGCUAGGCGGAGUAAAUUGAUUUUAAAAUCCUGGAAGAGUGACAAGGAAGCAAUUGAGACUCAGAUAGAUAAUGCAUUGUCUUCUGCUGCGAGUAGAACUGUUCUAGAUGAAAAAGAUAACAAAGCUGAGAUAGAGGAACUACAUUCUGCUCCUCCUGUGUCUGCAAGAGAGUCUCUAAAAGCAGCAUUGGUUCAGUUCGGCAACAGAUGGCGGAUGCAUCUUUUUGUCCUCUCGAAGUAUACUAAGCUUGUCCUUGAAAAUGCUGGUCAUUUGUGGAAUACUGCAGGCUGGAAAACAUUUCUUGAUGUAUCAGAAAGCUUAAAGAUGGUUCGUGCUGAACAUUUCAAGUCCCUUACAGUGCAAUGGCUCGAGAAGAGAAGCAAGGCCUUUGAGCCGACAUAUCUGUACACUGUUGAGAAGGGUUAUUUCCUGCUUCCUGAAGGGGCAAAAUCUCAGCACAAUAUACAGACCGUUAAUGUCACAAUAUCUGCUCAGAAUCCAUGCUUUGGGAACAGGUGGAAGCAACUUCUUAUUAACAGUUUUGUUGGAUAUGAUACAAUACUUAUGAACAGCUUGUUAAGCUCUCCUGGCCUUGGCUAUCUUUACAAUUUUCAGACAAGGGAGUUCUUCGAUCUUAGUCAUGGAUAUGAACCAUCUGAAGGUUCUGCAAGAUUUGGAGAUUAUUUUGUGACCAAAUGUGGUGUUUUAAUCAUGUCAUUGUUUGUUUUCUUCACUACUACGAUGUCCGUUUCAUUUACUCUCAGAGAAACUCAAUCUCGCAUGCUUAAGUUCACAGUGCAGCUUCAACACCAUGCUCGCCAUCAGCUUCCAACAUUCCAGUUGAUUUUUGUGCAUGUCAUUGAAUCUCUGGUUUUUGUACCGAUUAUGGUUGGGAUUCUCUUUUUCCUGUUUGAAUUUUAUGAUGAUCAACUGCUUGCAUUCCUGGUGCUAACUCUUGUUUGGUUGUGCGAAUUAUUUACAAUGAUCAGUGUUCGGACAUCAAUCUCAAUGCAGUUUUUUCCUCGUUUCUUCUUGCUCUAUUUUCUUGUUUUCCAUAUCUACUUCUUUUCAUAUCCUUAUGGUUUUUCAUAUCUGGCUUUUUCAGCUACUGCUGCAUUCAUGCAACACUUGAUUCUUUAUUUCUGGAAUAGGUUUGAGGUACCAGCCCUGCAGAGAUUCAUGAGAGCCCGAGGCCAGUUGCAGCACCAAGCAGGCGUGCAAAUUACUUCAUCCACCAUCUACACCUCUACCUUACACAUCGCAAGGGUCAAUGUCAGGAAUGCAAGCAUUGGAAGCUUAAAUGGGAUCCAAACUCCCGGACAAGUUUCAAAUGAGAACAGUACUGCAACUGCUCCAGAUCAACCAGCUCCUGUUAAUGUUCCUAAUUCAACAAGCAACCAGCUCCGAUACCCAGCCUUGAAUGCCCAGCAAACUGGAGCUGCUCCUGGUUCUAGCUUCCUUAAUCCCUUUGGCUCCUUCUUGCUCUGGAUUUUGGGCGGCGGUGCUUCCGACGGCAUCGUAUCCUUCUUCUCUAUGUUCAGAGACAUGCGAGACCAGGACCAUGCACAGGAUUUCACCCAACCAGAAAAUGAACCGGCUGGACAGAAUCAGGAAGAUUGACAUGGUUUCCUUGCACCUUCCAUUGGUAAGUCUGGUUCUCUACGUUCUAUUCUGGAAUGCAAAAACUGCUUUGUUUGAUGUGUUAUAGCUCUCCCUAUAAUCUUCUUUCUGCUCCUUCACAUGUUUGAAAUAUGUCAUAGAAAUUUUUUGUGUUUGAUUAAUUGAAUAUGUACAUAAAGAAGUUGAUGAACAGUCUUCCUUCCCUUCAUUUAACAACUUGGUUUUUAUUUUUUUU